UUGAGUAUACAGCUUCAUAUUCGUGUAUUGUACGUAUACGAGAUGUGAAUAUGAUUGCGAAACUGAUUUGUGUAGUUAUAGCGUCAGCAGUAGUGUGGGAGCCUUCUCGGUACAACUGUUAUGAUGAAAGGACUUUACCCCCAGAUAUGGAAGACCUUUUCAGAAACAAAUCUGACCAAGAACUAAUUUUCGAAGAGUGUUUGAAUUCCUAUAGUUUAUGUAUGACCUUUGAGAGGGAACGGAAUAACACGGAAAUUUGCUCAGUCGACAUUAAUUUAAAGAAGACAUUUAAAUCAUUCUGCGAAAUGGUUUAUGAAAACUGCAAAGGAGAUAACAAUACUUGGAGAUAUUUUCACGAUGGCCCAUGUAACGUCGAGUUUGUGGAAGAAGUUGCGUACCCAGGACUUUUUUUCGGCUCACCUGAUAAAGAAUCACAUCCACCAAGUGUCGAUGAAAAGUUACAGGAGCCAGAUGCCACUGGAGACACACAUCCACCAGGUGGCGCAGGAGAGACACAUCCGCCAGGUGGCGCUGGAGAGACACAUCCACCAGGUGGGGCUGGAGAGACACAUCCACCAGGUGGGACUGGAGAGACACAUCCACCAGGUGGCGCUGGAGACACACAUACGCCAGCCAGCCCUGGAGACACACAUGCGCCAGAUGGCUCUGGAGACAAACAUCCGCCAGGUGGCUCUGGAGACAAACAUCCGCCAGGUGGCUCUGGAGACAAACAUCCGCCAGGUGGCCCUGGAGACAAACAUCCGCCAGGUGGCCCUGGUGACAAACAUCCGCCGGGUGGCCCUGGAGACAAACAUCCGCCUGGUGGCUCUGAAGACAAACAUCCGCCAGGUGGCCCUGGAGACACACAUCCGCCACGUGGCCCUGAAGACACACAUCCGCCAGGUGGCCCUGAAGACACACAUCCGCCAGGUGGCUCUGGAGACGCACAUCCGUCGGGUGGAAUGCCGAUGUCCAACUUAUAUUACCAGAAGAUGAAGAAGAAAUUUAUUUUUUCAAACUAAAUUAUAUUGACACCAUGCGUAUACUACACAGACUGUUGGUGCAUGGCAUAAAAUUCAAGACCACCAGUACGUCAGUCACGUCAACAGCCAAUAAAUAUCCACUGCUAUACUAUGUACCUACCUAC